AUGAACCACCACUUUAGGGUAACUUCAUUUAUUUGUCUUAAUAUUUUUUUGUUCAGUUUAGGAGAGACUGUGAUAAAUAAUGGCGAACCUUGUUCACCUAAGGACACAAGGAAUGUUGGACCUGUGGAGGAACCACUCCAGGCAGAAGAGAAAAAUAAAUCUGCAGAUAUUUCAAAACAAAAAGAACAAUGCCUUGUACCAUGUGAUGCUCAAGCUAAAAUUUUACGAGGGGACAAACAUUACAUGUGCAGAAAUUUGCAGAACUCACUUGCUGAAUAUGCCAGAAGUACAAAAAAACUGGUAAGAGACAUGAUGGAUGAUCAACAGUCUUCGCUAGAUUACCUUUCUAAUCAGGUAAAUGAACUUAUGAACAAACUUCUUCUUUUGAACACCGUAAUUCUGAGAAAACAUCUGGAUCCACUUCCUUAUAAAGCAGUUCAAUCUCAUGGUUUGGACUGCACUCAUAUUAAAGAUACUGUUGGUUCAGUUUCAAAAACUCCAAGUGGUCUGUACAUUAUCCAUCCAGAAGGAUCAAAUUAUCCUUUUGAGGUUUUAUGUGACAUGGAUUUUCGAGGAGGUGGAUGGACUGUGGUUCAGAAAAGAACUGAUGGAAUUGUUCCGUUUCAGAGAACAUGGUCUGAAUAUCUGGAUGGAUUUGGUGACCUUACUGGAGAAUUUUGGCUUGGACUGAGGAAGAUUUUUGACAUUGUAAAUCAAAAGGCCACUCAUUUCAGUCUUUAUGUGGAUUUGGAAUCAGAAAAUGACAAGCAUGCCUAUGCAUCAUAUGAUGGAUUUUGGAUAGAGGAUGAAGCAUGUUAUUUUAAGAUCCAUUUGGGGCAUUAUUCAGGAAAUGCUGGUGAUGCAUUUAGAGGAUAUAGAAGAGAAGAUAACCAAAAUUCCAUGCCUUUCAGCACUUUUGAUGCUGAUAAUGAUGGAUGCAGGCCAAUGUGCACUAUUAAAGGACAGCCAGUAAAGAGCUGUAGUAACUUCAGUGAUAACACCGGAUGGUGGUUCAACAAGUGUGGCCUUGCCAAUCUUAAUGGUGUUCAUCGCUACACAGGUAGAUUCCUUGCAACUGGCAUUCACUGGGAUACAUGGACAAUGAACAAAAAACCAGUCAAAAUUAAAUCCGUUUCAAUGAAAAUUCGGAGAACCAAUUAUCCGUAUUUCCAUUAA